AUGCAGUCACCGGACAACGAUGCGUCGCCUAUCGAUCCGCUCCAGGCGUUGCCGAUGGCGGCCUCCACCACGAGACUGCCCAAGAGGCAGUCCUUACCGGAUGGCCAGCCACUGACGCAAUCCGAAAUCAAUCUGCCGUACCGGAGAUCGAAUCAUUCUGUCGCGCCGCUCUUUGCCUCGACACUGACUCCCCCGGGAUCGCGAUCCGGUUCCCCCAUGGGAAGGGGCUCGCCGGCGCGUCCACUCUCCGGCUCAGUCUUUGGGGGUCCAGCGGGGCGCUCACUCAUUGAGACCGCUUCCGAUAGCCCGGGUGACCCGCGUAAUCUGAUUAUGAAGGCUUACGUGCCCCAUGUUGCCAUCUAUGCCUCGCCGGACACGGAAGAGCUGGCAAAUGACAAAGGAUUCAAGAGCGGCCUGUGGGAACUUUUGCGUCCAUUCGGGGAGCAGGUACAGGGCAAAGUCACAAUCAGAGAUAGCAACGGUGCCAGCAGGUCGUGGGAGGACUUCUCUGUUCGGUUUGUCAAAUUCGGGGACAAUAUUGAGCCACCAGAUGCUGGCGGCGCGAAAGGGCCGCAGCAUGCUGCUGCCAACGGGCAAUUCGGGCCCGCCUCAGGGUGGAAGAGCAACUACGAGGAUGUCGAGGCCGUAGUCGACCGUCACCUCUCUUACGCUGAAGACUCAUUUCUCAAUACAGCGCACCACGGUGUAACAAGACAAGGUUUGGAUAUUGAGGCUACCUCACCUUACUACUCAUUAUACCUACGGCGGCUACUUUCCGGCAUACCUGUUGCACCUCACGAGACUUUUGCGCACCCCGUCGCGUGUGUGAUUGCUAUCAGCUCACGCAGUCCUUCACCUAUCGAAGACCUGCGCAAGUUAUACAAUGACACGAGCUCCGGCGAGAACAAGCUGCCCGUCUGGGUUGACGGGGACUACCUUCGAUACUACGUCCUUGUACACGAUGAGGAGCGUGACGAUAUCACUCGAUCACUCGCUCUUUUCGACCAGAUGAAGCGCCACCUAGGCCUGCAUUGUCAUUUGCUCCGAUUACGAAGCACACAGAGCGCCGAGACCGACGACGACAGCAUACCACUGCCCAGGAGCGACUGGAUGUCGGCAGCCGAAGAAAUGGCGGAUAUCCGGCACAGCGAAGACCAGGAAGAUUUCGAAGACCCAACGAGGUACAUCUUUGAGUCGGACGCGACAGCGAUUCGGACGUUUGUGAGGGAGAUGGUCACACAGUCCAUCAUUCCCACCAUGGAGCGUCAUGUCUCGCUCUGGAAUGAUCAAGUGGCAUCUCGUAGGAGAGGUAUUACGGGAAGGUUCAUGAAUCUGUCGAGGAAAUGGGGCGGUUUCGGCAGCAGUUCACGAAACUCGGUGGUGGGAGGUAGCAGCUCGUCCAGUGCCUACGACACAGUCGGAUUCUAUCGUCCAGAUGCACCCGAGGCGAUCAUGCGGAAGCUUGCCGAUUUCGCUUUCAUGCUGAGAGACUGGAAACUGGCACACUCGACUUACGACCUCCUGAGAUCCGACUUCAGCGAUGCCAAAGCAUGGAAGUAUCACGCAGCAGCUAACGAGAUGGCUGCCGCUAGUCUCCUUAUCAUGCCCCAAAGUUUGUCAUCCAAAUCUCGAGCCGAGGCGACCGACCAAAUGUUGGAGGCGGCAUUUUACUCAUACCACACACGCUGCAGCUUCCCCUUUGGCGCACUGCGGUCUCUGACUUUGGGUAUUGAACUUCUGCGGCUUAGGGGCCGAAGUAGUGUCGACGAUGCUGUGAGGUGGGGUAUUCGCCUUCUUGAUUCAAAGACCCUCGGCCCCGUCGGCGACGCCCUCAUGAAGGAACGCCUUGCAGUCUGCUACGCCUCGAAACCGGGCGUUGGUUCCGGUGCGUGGGGUCAUCGGAAGCGCAAGUCGGCCAUGUGGUGUAUCCUUGCUGGAGAGGCAUGGCACACCCAGAAAAAGUAUAUUCAGUCCCAACGGUGCCUCAAUGAGGCCGGGCGGAUAUACUCGGAGCUACCGCACGAGCACGGCAUCUCCAAGUUCAACCUCGCCAAUGAGUUCGUGAGUGGCCUGCAACACGACCUCGACGAGAAGCUCGACGUGGACAGCCGUGGCCAUGAAUCGCCUUUGCAGGGUAUGGAAGAUCUUGUUGACGAGGAGAGCGAGGCGUUGGAUCUUAGGUCAAGGAGAGCGAGCAUGAUGGGGCGUGGGCCGGUGCCGGCGGCGAGCCUCGAGACUGCGCCGCUGCAUGAUGUGACGUCGCCUGCCAGGGAAAAGGCCGACGGAUCGACACAGGAUGAGUUCGGCUAA